UUCCUUCCUGUCUGUGUUUGUGUCGAAUGCGUGGUGUGUGUGAGUGAGCGAGAGAGGGGAAAGCGUGGUGCUUGGAAGUCUGGGGAGAUCUGGGCCUGUUUUGUAAAUAUUUAAGAAAAUAUUAGUUAUUUUUUAUUUCUAAACCUGAAUAACCAGGUUUGGCAGUUUAUUUUUGUAGAUUACUGUUAAUAUAUUUAAAAUACACGAGGAUUCCCUAAAGAUGUCUUCAGGUUGUCAAAAGACCACAAGCAGAGCAAUCCCAACACGACGAGUGAUUGUCAACGACGCUACCCAAAUGCCGAUUGAUUAUUCAACAACACCAGGAGGAACAUUAUUCAGUACAACCCCGGGAGGCACUAAAAUUAUCUAUGAUCGCAAGUUCCUGAUGGAAUGUCGCAACUCCCCUGUGGCUCGAACCCCACCUCGGUUUCUCCCCAACAUUCCAGGGGUCACCAGCCCCAACAGAGAGGAGGACAAACCUGGAACCAACCACACCGAACCGAACCACGUUGCAACCAACAGCAAUCACCUGGACAAGCCGUCUGGGGAUGACGCACAGUUCGAGAUGGACAUCUAAGACAUGCAGAGGAUCUCUAUUCCAAAGAGAAAGAAAUAUGACGACAGAGGGAGAACAAAUAAGAGAGGUGUUUAAGUCAACACUGUUUGGCUAUAGCCCACUUUCUGAAGUCUCAGUGACCAGUUACUCUCUCUUCUCUGCAAAUUUGAGUGAAAAAUAAAUAGGGCGGAAAAUUAUUUUGUUUGUACUACAAUCAAGGUAACUACUGAGAAUAAAUUUGUGUUGCUGCUAUCAGUGCACAUUUUGGAAAUUUGGUACCUGGGUGUCUAAUCCACCCUGUGUUAUACAGUAUGAAUGUGUGUACUUCUACAGAGAACACAGAAUGCACCAACUUAAGUGAAAAUCAGUAGGGUAAAUUACAUUGUGUCAGAAGCCAGAAUUUUCUGAGUGAGAUACAUUAAUACAGUUUCUUGUUCAUUCAGUUCUUGUUUAUGUAGAACCACAAGCUCUGAAAAUGCCAAGCCAGGAACCCAAAGACCUGUUUUUUUUCCGGUUUCAGGAUUUUUGUAUUACUUCAAAAGCACAAGCAUGAUAAAGUAUUUAGUGCAUAAAUUACCAUAAGUAUUUGCCAAACAACCUACAAAAAAUUGAUUUCUCUCCCAAAGUAUCAUUUCAGAAUUAAAAAUACAUUUUUUAUUGCUGGUAAUGCUGGACAUGAAGAAGCACAUUUUACCAGGAUAUAAUGAUGGAAUCAGGAAGAAAUAAACAAAAUACAUGACA